AUGUCCCUGAAGCUUCGUCUCUCUCUAGCAUGUGCUCUCUUCGGAUGUCUGGCCACUUGCGCGCCGGGCGCUCCGACUGUUUGGCAACCUGCAGUUGGCGCAAAAUGGGAUAUCAACCUCCUCGGCGACGUCAAUAUCGCUACAGUAUCUGCUGAUAUAUUCGACUUUGAUCUUUUCGACAACACCGGAAACACUCUUGACGUGAACAAACUAGACACUACCAAGAUUGACGCCUUACACAAGGCUGGCAAGAAAGUUAUCUGCUACUUCAGCGCUGGUUCGUACGAGAGCUGGCGACCUGAUGUUGGGAGUUUUAAGUGGGGUGAUUGGGGCUCACCUCUUGAUGGCUGGGCUGGGGAGUAUUGGCUUAACCUCAGGAGUCCUAAUGUUGCUAGCAUCAUGCGGAAGCGUAUUGCCCUUGCUGCAAGGGCUGGGUGCGACGCUAUUGACCCUGAUAAUAUGGAUGCCUAUGAAAAUGUUAAUGGGAUGGGAAUGACGAGGCAGGAUUCCAUCAACUUCAUGAGAAACGUUUUAGCCCCUGCCGCGAGCGCCGCUGGUCUUGCCAUUGGUCUUAAGAAUGGUGGCAGCAUUAUCUCAUCCGUGCUUGACGUUGUCCAAUUCGAAAUUAACGAGCAAUGUGCUGAGUACGCAGAAUGCAGCACCUACUUGCCCUUUAUCAAGGCUGGCAAGCCUGUCUUCCACAUCGAGUACCCCGGUGGCGAUAGUGCCACCCCGACUGUACUCAGGACCUCGCAAUUGGUCCAGUACUGCAGCUUUGAUCUCGCAGGAACUGAUAUUUCCAAAUUCAGCACUGUUCUGAAAACGCUGAGUCUGAACAGGUUUCUCCAGACUUGUGACGGCAAGGUCAAAUACGUUUAA